AUGUGUGUUGAAAUAGUGGACUUAAAUCAGCCAGAUUACCAUCACCCAACACCAAGUACCAUCACCCAACACCAAGUAUCAUCACCCAACACCAAGUACUAUCACCCAACACCAAGUAUCAUCACCCAACACCAAGUACUAUCACCCAACACCAAGUACUAUCACCCAACACCAAGUACUAUCACCCAACACCAAGUACCAUCACCCAACACCAAGUACUAUCACCCAACACCAAGUACCAUCACCCAACACCAAGUACUAUCACCCAACACCAAGUACCAUCACCCAACACCAAGUACCAUCACCCAACACCAAGUAUCAUCACCCAACACCAAGUACUAUCACCCAACACCAAGUAUCAUCACCCAACACCAAGUACUAUCACCCAACACCAAGUACUAUCACCCAACACCAAGUACUAUCACCCAACACCAAGUACUAUCACCCAACACCAAGUACUAUCACCCAACACCAAGUACCAUCACCCAACACCAAGUACUAUCACCCAACACCAAGUACCAUCACCCAACACCAAGUACUAUCACCCAACACCAAGUACCAUCCCCCAACACCAAGUACCAUCACCCAGCACCAAGUACCAUCACCCAACACCAAGUACUAUCACCCAACACCAAGUACCAUCACCCAACACCAAGUACCAUCACCCAACACCAAGUACUAUCACCCAACACCAAGUACUAUCACCCAACACCAAGUACUAUCACCCAACACCAAGUACCAUCACCCAACACCAAGUACUAUCACCCAACACCAAAUACCGUCACCCAACACCAAGUACCAUCACCCAACACCAAGUACUAUCACCCAGCACCAAGUACUAUCACCCAACACCAAGUACCAUCACCCAACACCAAGUACCAUCACCCAACACCAAGUACUAUCACCCAACACCAAGUAUCAUCACCCAACACCAAGUACCAUCACCCAGCACCAAGUACCAUCACCCAACACCAAGUACCAUCACCCAACACCAAGUACCAUCACCCAACACCAAGUACUAUCACCCAACACCAAGUACCAUCACCCAACACCAAGUACCAUCACCCAACACCAAGUAUCAUCACCCAACACCAUAACCUGUUUUGA